CCACAGCAGUGGAUGGCUGUAGAGUUUAGUAGUUCAUUGUCAUGCGGUUGUACGGUAUUAUAUUGCGUUUUCUGUGUAAUAUGUAAGUGAUUUGAUGGUGGAGACAGGAAAUCACGGAAAGACGCAUAUUGAGUGUGUGGAUUAGGAGAGCACUCAUGGACUCCAAGGGAACUAGUUGGCUGAAAAAAGGGAAGAAUGAAGUAUAUGCUGAACCAGGCUCCUUGGUUCAGUUACGCACAUCCACCAUGAAAGUAAAAGAAGAAUUGGAUGAGCAAGUGAACCAACAGUUUCUUCAAGAUCCACCAAGGAUUGUAAUGCCUAGUCUUCGUAUAAAGCAAGACCUAGAACUGAAACGGGAUUUAGAUGGCAUUGAGCAUGAUGUAAGUUUUCACUUCAAUCAUGCAUUGUGCAUGAAGUACUGUAUGAAUAUCAUGAAAUGCAUUGGGUGCAGUAAAUUCCAGUGACCAUAAAUGAUGAAACAUUAAAACCGAGGAUAUUAGCACUUCUCCAGAAUUUUUAUAAUAUUUCAAUUGACUGUAGGUAUAUUGUUCUGUUGUGUGUAAUGGUAUUUGAAUGAAACUUGUAGGAAACAUAAGUUUAUUAACUGUAACACAUGGUAAUUUUAUUGUACAUGUAAAUAAUAAAUGUCUCAAAUUUGUUCAUGGAACA